GUUUUGCUGGAAGAUGAUGACAGAGGUCAGGCUUCGCUAAUGGGCCAGUGGAGAGCCGGGGAGGCGAGGCAGAGACCCAGGCGCGCGCACACGCACACACACACCCCUGCAUUCAUACACUUGAACCAUCACCAAUCAGCAUAGGAACUCAAGAUCACACAACCAGCAGCUUCAGUGGAGGAAAACUCUUUUACUGGCAACCCUUUUUAAGGCACCAUCAUUUCAAAUCAGGGGCGCUUUUUAACACUAUUGACAGGAGCUUUGACAACAAGGCAGGAUGCCGCAGAAAGCAAGAAGACUUUAACUAGCGCUACGCAGAUGUGUGAGCCCUUAAAUUGUAUGAGAGGAGAGUCCGCUCAUAAAUCAGAACCGUGUAAGCGAGCCACGUGGGAUCCUGCGCCCUCAGUUCACCAUGCAGAACAGUCACAGCGGCGUGAACCAGCUCGGCGGCGUCUUUGUCAACGGGCGGCCGCUGCCAGAUUCAACCCGGCAGAAAAUCGUGGAACUCGCCCACAGCGGGGCUCGGCCGUGUGACAUCUCCCGAAUCCUGCAGACCCAUGCAGAUGCAAAAGUCCAAGUGCUGGACAAUCAAAACGUAUCGAAUGGCUGUGUCUCUUCGAUCAACCGAGUCCUCCGCAACCUGGCUAGCGAAAAGCAACAGAUGGGUGCUGAUGGAAUGUAUGACAAGCUGAGGAUGCUGAACGGGCAGACCGGGACGUGGGGCACCAGGCCUGGGUGGUACCCGGGGACGUCGGUUCCUGGACAGCCAACGCAAGAUGGCUGCCCACAACAAGAAGGAGGGGGUGAAAAUACUAACUCCAUCAGUUCAAAUGGGGAAGAUUCAGACGAGGCCCAGAUGAGACUCCAGCUGAAGAGGAAGCUGCAGAGAAAUCGGACAUCUUUCACCCAAGAACAAAUUGAAGCGCUUGAGAAAGAAUUUGAGAGAACUCAUUAUCCCGAUGUCUUUGCCAGGGAGAGACUAGCUGCCAAAAUAGACUUGCCUGAAGCAAGAAUACAGGUUUGGUUUUCCAAUCGGAGGGCAAAGUGGAGACGGGAAGAAAAACUAAGGAAUCAGAGAAGACAAGCCAGCAACACCCCCAGUCACAUUCCCAUCAGCAGUAGUUUCAGCACAAGUGUCUACCAACCAAUCCCACAACCCACGACACCUGUUUCCUCUUUCACAUCAGGUUCAAUGCUGGGCAGAACAGACACCGCGCUAACAAACACAUACAGUGCUUUGCCACCCAUGCCUAGCUUCACAAUGGCUAACAACCUGCCUAUGCAACCGCCAGUACCCAGUCAGACUUCUUCUUAUUCUUGCAUGCUGCCUACCAGUCCGUCAGUAAAUGGGAGGAGCUAUGAUACGUAUACCCCUCCUCACAUGCAAACACAUAUGAACAGCCAGCCCAUGGGCACUUCUGGCACCACUUCAACAGGUCUUAUUUCUCCUGGAGUGUCGGUUCCUGUUCAAGUUCCUGGUAGUGAACCUGACAUGUCUCAGUAUUGGCCAAGAUUACAGUAAACCAUGUGUUGAUUUUGUAAAUUGCUAUAUGGACAACAGUUGGAGGUUCAGCUGUCUUUUCUAAAAGAAGAAUGGCUUUCAAAGUACUUCUGUACUACAACUGUUCCCUACAACACAGCACAAGAAGGACUUUAACAUGGACCUUUGUAUAUGAAAGGCGCUAUAUCAGUUGGAACAAAUCUUCAUUUUGGUAUCCAAACUUUUAUUCAUUUUGGUGUAUUAUUUGUAAAUGGGCAUUUGUAUGUUAUAAUGAAAAAAGAACAAUGUAGACUGAAUGGAUGUUUGCUUUUGUGUUGGUCAUGAAGUUGUUUUUUGUUUGUUUGUUUGUUUUGGAAAAAAAGGAAGCCAUGAUCAACAAGCUUUGCCACGAAUUAAGAGUUUUAUCAAGCUAUAUCGAAUACUUCUACCAAGCUGUUCAUAGAUUUCAGACUGAGACUCCAAGUUUGUAUCAUUCCAUUGCAUAUAAUUCAACCUGGAACAAUACACAAUAGAUUUCUGUGAGAAAAAUAUCUGUUGGGAUUUCCAAAGGAUAUUAACAGAUGAUGCUCAUGUGCAAACAAAGGGUUAAGAGAGAACUUCAAAGAAGAAAGGUCGAUAGGAAAAGGGUAGAUUGUGUCUUCGAUAUAAUCCGAUUUGUUUUAUGUCAAAAUGUAAGUAUUUGUCUUCCCUAGAAAUCUCCCAGAAUGAUUUCUAUAAUAAAGUUAAUUUCGUUUAUAUUUGACAAGAAUAUUCUAUAGAUGUUUUAUACACAUUUUCAUGCAUCAAACGUUUCUUUUUUGGUCGGCAAAAGUUAAUUGUUCUUAGCUAUAGUUGUACUACUGUUCACAGUCCAAUCAUUUUUGUGCAUCUAGAAUUCAUUCCUAAUCAAUUAAAAGUGCUUGCAAGAGUUUUAAACUUA